AUGCAAUUAGAUUCAGUAAAAUCAGUGUUGCAUCGUUUCCGUAACAGUUAUAUUCCAAGACUGCCGGCUACAUUAUCAGAAGUUGAUAUUUCAUUGGAAUGGCAACCGGAUAAUGGUGGUAAUCAAUUUUUACGUUACGUGACACUAAUGCCGAUUAAAGUUUUGAUUUUUGUGACCGAUCGUGCUUUAACAGAAUUGGCAUUACCUGAACAUUGA